GACAGCACGCACGCACGCACGCGCGCGCCGUGGCUGCUUGUAAACAGAAGCUCACACGCGGACAAAGGAACGAGCGCGUUCGGGACGAGAGGAGCGCAGGUGACCGGGCAGGUGUCGCUAUGACAACGGCCGACGUUUCGAAGCCCGCUCCCCGCCGCCGUGUCCGCGCGCGUGCGGCCGCCUGAACCGUCUUUCUGCCCGCAGCCCGAACCCGACGGUCGGGAGGAGGAGGAGGAGGAGGAGGGACGACCGACGUCCGCUGCGACGUUCUCCGGCUCUGGCGCAGCUGGCGGCGGGUAAACAAAAGCCGGACCGCCUUUUGUUUCGCGUCUUACUUCGGUCGGUCGAUUCGCUUCGGCCGCGUUGAAACGUACUUUCGCAGCUAACGUUAGCUAGCUAGCAGGGGCCGUUAGCCUCUAAUUUACGUCAGAUUAUUUUUCUUUUCUUUUUUUUAGCAAGCGAGCGAUUAUCUUUUUUUUUUUCUCCUUUUUAUUUCUCCUGACUGGAUGAGAUGUCAUUCACGAUGGAGGACAACUUGGAGUCCGAGUGGGUGUCCGUCCGACCGAGAGUCUUCGACGAAAAGGAACGGCACAAAUUUGUCUUCAUCGUGGCCUGGAACGUCGUCGAGGGAAAGUUCGCCAUAACCUGCCACAACAGAACCGUCCAGAGGCGGACUACUUUUCUGCUGGACCCCCUCGUCGUCGACGGCGCCGCUUCGCUCCCUCCGCCGGGCCCCUCCGCGGCGGAAAAACACACGACAAGUCCGAAAGAUGAAGUCAUCCCGGCGGGUAAAGUUGGACCGCACUCUCCCUCCAAGGGGAAGACCGUUAUCUGGGACAGAAACGCUCUGAGGCCCGGCGGUUCGGAGACACCCGAGCGUGUCAGCCCCACGCUGGCGUCCUGGGACGUCGUGACGCCGAAAGCCAUCGAUAUCGAGGUCCUGGACCCCGUGGAUGUCCUGCCCUCCCCGGAGGACGGGGACGGCGGCGGCGGCGGCGGCCGCGAGGACUUCAGCUGGGCCGGGCUGUUCUCCUUCCAGGACCUGAGGGCGGCCCACCUCCAGCUGUGCGCCGUCAACUCGGACCUGGAGCCGUGUCUGCCCCCCUUCCCCGAGGAGCAGUCCGGCGUGUGGUCGGUGCUCUUCGGCGCCCCCGGCGUGUCGCAGCGGGAGACGGACGCCCUGUGCUACCAGCUGCAGGUGUACCUGGGUCACGCCCUGGACACCUGCGGCUGGAAGAUCCUGUCGGAGGUGCUCUUCUCCGAGAGCGAGGACACGGAGGAGUACUACGAGAGCCUGAGCGAGCUGAGGCAGAAGGGCUACGAGGAUGCUCUGAGGAGGGCCAAGAGAAGCAUGCAAGAGGUGUUGGACAAGCACAAAGCCACGGACAGCAUGGUGGAGCUGCUGCAGGUUUACCCCGAGGAGGACGAGGCCUACGGAGAGCUGCUGGAGGCGACCACUCAGCUCUACCACUACCUGCUGCAGCCUUUCAGGGACAUGAGGGAGCUGGCGAUGUUGCGCCGACAGCAGAUUAAGAUCUCCCUGGAGACGGAGCGCCUGGGUCCCCGUCGAGUGGAGGGCCUGAGGAAAGAGGACGAGGAGUGGCAGAGGAAGGCUCACGCCGCCGUGCUCUCCAUUCAAGACCUGACCGUCAAGUUCUUUGAAACCACGACUCGGGCGCAGAAAGCUUUGCACGAGCGGAUGCGCGCCGACCAGAAGAGGUUCGGCAAGUCGGCGUGGGCGGCGGCGGUGGAGCGCAUGGAGCGGCUGCAGUACGCCGUUUCCAAGGAAACGCUGCAGCUGAUGAGGGCCAAGGAGAUCUGCCUGGAGCAGAGGAAGCACGGCCUGAAGGAGGAGAUGCAGAGUCUGCAGGCCGGCGAGGACGCCAUGCUGCGCGUGGACCAGCUGGAGGAGCGCUACUACGAGCUGCAGCUGCAGCUCUACGACAUCCAGGCGGAGGUGCUGCGCUGCGAGGAGCUGCUGCUCAGCGCCCAGCUGCAGAGUCUCCGCAGGCAGAUGACGGAGCGCCAGGAUGAGGUCGUCUACUACGACGCCUUCGAGAGCCCCGACGCCAUGAAGGGGGAAGAAGAUCCCGCCGCCCCGCCGCCCCCCCUCAGAGAAGACCUCGGCGUCCUGCAGCAGAGGACGCGGCAGCUGGAGGCCCGCAGGGGCCGCAUCACCGCCAAGAAAGUCUACCUCAAGAACAAGAAGGAAAUCUGUAUCGUCAAUCACAACCAAAAGAUCCAGCAGCGCCGAGGGAGCCACGUGUCCCCCCAGCAGGGAGGCGAAGCCGAGGAGGACGACGAGGCCAAGAGCAACGCCAGGGUGAGUCAGGAGAGGCAGAGGACUCUGGACCGACUCCGCAGCCUCAAGCUGUGUUACCCCGGCCAGGUGACUCUGAAGUCCAGCCGGCUGCGUCUGAGUCAGCCUCCCGGCCGGAGGAGGCCCGGUCAGCAGCACGCCACUCACUCGGCCGGCGUUCAGACCGACUGCAUCUCCGACCUCCCGGAGCUCUCCGCCCCACCGGCGUCCGACGCCUGCCGCUGCGACGGCGUCUCUUUACCCACAAUUCAGCUGGUCGACCUCGACUCUUCGCCCCCUUUCCUCUCGCUGCCUCCGCUCUCCCCGUCUGCGCCGCCACUGGGUGCCGCUGCUCCUCUCCCACCGCCACCACCUCCGCCGCCUCCUCCACCUCCCCCCUCGGAGGACCAGCAGCAGGGCGGGGAGAACAGUCCCCGCCCUGCGCGGCGCCCCCAAUGCGAGUCCGACCCCCUGCCCCUGGCUGCGUUUUCCCCUCGGUUCUUCGACAGCAGUCAGCUGCAGACGGCGAGGAAGAAGCUGAAGAAGACGGCGUCGCUGGACUCGUCGCAGUGGAGGAGAGCGAGCUCCCCGAUGGACGAGGUGCUGGCGUCGCUGAAGCGCGGCUGCUUCCACCUGAGGAAGGCGGAGCUGCGGGUCCUGGCCCCCGACCCGGACGACGACGGCGACAACAUCCUGGCCCAGAUCCGGCAGGGCGUCCGGCUGAAGAAGGUGCGCGCCCGGCCGGAGCAGCAGCGCAGCGCCAGGAGCUUCACGCACUCGGCCGACGCGCUGACCCGCAGCAUCCACGAGGCCCUGAGGAGGAUCAAGGAGGCGUCGCCCGAGUCCGAGUCGGAGGACGAGGGCCUCCCGUGCACCGACUGGGAGAACUAGCCCGGCCCGAUGGGAGGUGUUCUUUUCAUUUUUUGGGGAUACGUGCAGCCAAAACGAAGAGACAGCCAGCGGCGUUCCAUCACGCUGAGGUGCAAUUUGAACAAAGAAACCUUGAUUCUUUUUUUAUUUUCUUCUUUUUAUAUAUUUCGGAAAUCCGCUGAGAAGUUCGUUUGUCUUUGUCAUUCAGACUUCUGUGUGUCGUUUGACGAUGGACCACUAACCUUUUGGUCUUUGUUAUGUGGUUGCCGUGGCGUUCUUGGCGAGGAUACAACCUCUGACCUCUCGUCGUGUCGGCCUACAUGUCGGAGUCGUACUGUAGCUUGCUGUGAUGGGUUUGUUUUAGGAAGUGAGCGUUUUGUUUUUUUACGUACAAACUUUGAGACUCUUCCCUCCAUACGUGUGCUGUUCACUUUCACAUUCAACCACUUUACUGCACAGAGGCGAGUCUUUCCCACCGCCGCCAAGUGAUAGUUUGACAUUCUGGGAGACGGAGCUUCAUAUUUAGGGAGCAAAAAGGAAGAAUAAAUGUAUCUACUUGCUACCAAGUUGCUAUUUUAGGUUAUUUUUAUCAUCUGGGCGGGAAGGAUCGCAAAAAUAUUGGCUCUGAUUGUAUUUAGCUAAUCAAAUUCUAUAUCUAUAGGAGCGUAAAUAUUUUAGGGGAUAUCAGAGUCCACUUAAACUCGUCUGUUCUGAAAUCAACAGGAAAUGCUGAUGGAUAAUUCUGUCCGUCUGUCUGUCAGGAUUCCAGAAUCUCAGCGAAUAAGCGUAACGAGACCAUCGAUCUUCACCGUAUUGGUUCAUACUUUUUACUGUUAGAUAUGAGAUAUGAUCCAAAUAAACCGGUUUUAGAAGCGGCACUGGUUCAGAAACACCAACGCUGGAAAUAUCAGCUCACAACCACCUGUAGUUUUAUUAGAUCAAUAUUUAUAAAGAAGUUGUUUCUGUUGACCUUUGCAUCCAAAGGAUGCUGGUUUGACCGGCUCAGUAUUUUGACAAAAUUAUAUAUAUCUAUAUAUAGAUACGCAGUACCAGUCCAAACGUUUGGACACAUUUUCUCAUUCAGCUCAAUGAGAAAGUGUCCAAACGUUUGACUGGUACUACGUCCUCUUUGAGAUGGUAAUAACAUUUUAAUAUGUCAAGAUGGUUUUUCCCUCAUUAACAAUAAAAACCUCCAUUGUAUCAAUGAUACUUUUAACUACAAUUUUGGACCCAGAAACAAAGAAACCUCUCCACUGCUUUUAUGCUACAAUUAGAGCUGAAUACAUUCAGCAGAAAACAAAUCUACAAUUAUUUAGUUUGUUUAAAUAAAAGGAACCCAAAUAAUUCUCUGGUUGUAGCUUUUAAAAAGUGAUGAUUUGCUGCUUUCUCUGUUUUUCUUCACUUUCUGUGUGUCACAGUUUCUUUGCACAAAAACAAGCCAUUUGGAAAAAGUCGCCAUUUUUCCCUAUUUUGUAAAUUUGAACGAUUAAUUACGAUUUACCGGAAAAAAUAAUGAAUGAAAUCACCCAUUCAUUCACAGAUGUUGAAGAUGCCCCCUAUUCAUGUGUGUACUAUACUUUAAACAGCAGCACACUGAAGCCUGUCUGCAGGGAUUAGUGAAGUCUGAGGCUCCAGCGCCCCCUGCUGGUUUAGACCCGGGACGACCGUCACAGAUCACGUGUGAUCAUUUUAUUUAUUUGUGUUGUCAUUUUCUUAAUGCUAUUGAGUCCUCUCUCUCUUUGAACGGCCUUCAGUCGCUUUCCAACUUUAUUUACUUACUGGAUUUGUUUGUGUGUUUGUGUGUGUGUGUGUAUGAUUUUUAUACCUGUCUAUUAUUAUUAUUACACUGUGUCAAACUUCUUUCACCGAAACUCACAUUUACUCUCCUGUGUUUAACAAAUAAUGCACUGAGAUCCAUGGUUACAUUUUUUUACAUCAAGUAUAAGUUUGACUGUAAAAUUCAAUCAUCUUAUUUCCGGCCGAGAGUUUGAGGAGAAGAUUAAAUAAAACGUGUUUGAGUGGUAAAUAUGAAGCUACAAUAUAGCCGAUGGUUAGCUUAGCAUAAAGACUGGAACGGCUAGCUUAGCCUAGCAUCGUGAGCAUGGAGUUGCCGCUUGAAUCGGUCGGAUGUGAGUAACUGUUGACGUCAGAAAGAGCCAAGCCAACGCCAGCGUCUGUCUUUAUGCUAAGCUAAGCUAAUUGUUUUCAAAUGAGCCGCACAGACCUCUGAACGUUGUCAAUAUUGUCCUCUAACUCUCAGCAAGUCGAGCAAAGUGUAUUAACCAAGAAUGUCAAACUUCUCCGUAAAGAGUCACAGCGGCCAUUUAUAGAGAAACUGUUGCCAAGUGUUAAAAGUCACGGUGAGCUUUUAUUUUACGUGCAGUGAUUCCAACUGAGCUUCUUCCAUCCACUGAGAUCUGCAUCACGACACCAGUUUAACCUUUUCACGACCUUAUGCAUGUGACUGGUUUUGAGGACAAACCCAUCACAACUUAAGUGCAAUAAGUAAAAGUCAUUUUUAUGAAUUAAAUACUGUAAUGAAAUGUCAAAUUAUAUCUGCAUGCCUAAAUGUAUUGAAGUAUUUAUUGAAACUUCAUAUUUUAAAUGAUUUUUAAAAAGCAUACAAAUGUAAAUGUUCUUUAUAGAGUUUGUUGCUCUUUUUGGUUCCUAUCAUGACAUUCCUCCUCGCUUUCUAUAUCCUUUUCUUUCCCUUUCAAAAUAAAAUUAAGCACCAACAUGUCUUUCAAUAAACAUUUAUCAGAUGCUUACA